AUGGCAUCCAUGGCGUUGGUGGGCGGUGUGCCAGUGGCUGUGGCCAUCACGGGGACACAUUCGUUUUUGCUCGCGCUCACCAAGGACGACACAGGCCGCAUUCCGUUCUCCUCGGCAUCCGUUGUUCUGCUCCAGGAGACAACCAAGCUGCUCAUCUCCAUUGCGUUUUCCCUUUCCAGUCGCACGUGGUCCGUGUCCACCUCAGAUUGGGUCUACUUGGUGCCCUCGCUGUGCUAUGCUUUGAAUAACAAUGCAGCCAUCUUGCUGCAGCGGCACAUGGACUCGGCAACCUUCCAAGUGCUGUGCAACUUCAAGACUGUCACCACGGUUCUCUGCUUCUAUCUCUUGCUCAGGCGCACCUUUACGCCACGCAAGUGGCUGGCUCUCCUCAUCCUCUUUCUCUCCGGUACGCUGAACACCGUCUCGGGGUUUCAGCUGCACGCGACGGAAUGGAACCCGGCGAGCGUGUUCAUCACCCCGAUUGGCGUUGUUGGCAUGCUUCUUUAUUGCUUCAACAGCGGGUUUGCCAGCGUGUAUAGCGAGGUGAUUAUGAAGCGCAACCCAGAGCCAUUUUUCGUGCAGAGCAUCAAGCUCUAUUUCGGCGGCGCGGUGAUCAACGCCGUGCUGGCCGCCAUCUCCCUGCACUCGCCUGCGGACUUCUUCACCGGCUUCUCCGACCUCACGUGGGCCAUCAUCCUCACGCAAGCCAUCAACGGCAUCAUCUACGGCUACGUCAUCAAGCACGCCAGCAACAUUCUCAGGUUAUUUAUCGUUGCAGUGUCCAUGCUGUUGGCCACAGCAACCUCGGCCGUGGUGCUUGGGGCGCAUCUCAGCUUCCCGUUCCUGUGCUCCGCUGCGGGCGUCCUUGCCGCCAUCGUUCUCUUCAACACCGCAGCUGGAGAUCCAAAGCAAAAGCCAAAGCACUCAAAGCAUAACCACCGCAACACUCUCAGCAACCCCAAUGCUCACCACCAUUCACCGCCACCAUCGCCCACCAAAACCGUUUAA